CGCGAGACCAGAGAGGAAUGGAGCCUCUAACUCGAUUCAGUCGGGGAGAAAAACCAAUAUAGAAUCAAUGUUUAUUUUAUCAAAGUUUUUAAGGUCUCCGUGAACCACUUGCUCUGGGAAAGGAACGGGAUGGUAAAACUAUGUAUUGCUCCAGGGAAGUGGAAGGAACAGACGUCAGUGAGGCUGGGGCAAUACUCUACGAGUAUAAAUACACUAAAGCUGAGCUGGGGUCUGCACAUCCAUAGAUAGCACUAAAGUAUAUUAAUAUCCAGCCUCGCCCACUCCCCUCUCACAGCUCUCUUCCUUUCCUCUAGUCGAUACCUUGUCCCAUACCUAUCAUCCCUCUCUUUCACGACGACAGCAAGAACCAGAAACGGCAGCAACCAUGGGGAACAGCAACAGUUCCCAGUACGACGACCGCGAAACACAGGAGUUCCACAGCCUGCCCAAGUCCAGGACACGCGGCGUGCGCACCGACCAGCGCACCCCAUACACCCAGCAGCAAAACAUGGGGUACAGAGCGCAAGAUCAGAAUGGAGGGCGCCAGCAACGCGGGUACAACCAGCAGCAGUAUAGCGGAAACCGGGCUCGGGAUGACAGGGACGACGAUCCGUGCUGUUGAUAAUGAAGAGUUUUGCUCUAUUGGCAAAGAUGACCCUGUGCGGGAUCAUUUCAUGGAAGUUAAUCUUAGCGUUGCUGAACUGCGCAUGGCAACUAUUUUUAGAUCACUACCGGCGCCUGUAGUUUCCUUCUCUGUAUCCAGCUCACUACCAAGCUUUAACU